UCUACAAACUUGAUGGAGUGAUAAUGAACUUCAAUCAAAUUUUAGGGAGAUCUCUGUUCACCGAUUCUUCGACAAUCUGAAUUUAGUCCAGAUAUACGAAGUGCUUAAGCAAGAUUCAAAGUUAUAUAUUUGUGAGAUCUUGUCAAAGUAAGAAGGUAUCUGAAGGCGAUGCAAAGAUUAUUAUCAAACGACUGCUUAGAUUCCUCGAGUCUUAUCAUUCGAAGAAUAUCACAAAAAAUCAUUGAAAUUUCAAAUGAAUUUCAAGUAAAUAAUAAAUUUUGCUAUCAAAUUUUAGAUGACUAUAAGAAACAUAAAAGUUUCGACUCAAUUUUUUCAGUCAUCAUGCAUCGAUAUUUAAAGCCGGAGAGUGUUAUUAUCGAACUUUCUACCCUACAAAUAUAAGUAAUUGAUUUUGUUCCUCAAGUUAUUUCUCCAACUCUUAUAAACUCAAGACCUGACUUGAAACUUCUUUCUACAUAGCACCAGAAGUGUUGGAGAGAAAAUAUACUUAGAAUGUAGAUAUUUGAACUAUAAAGUGGAUGCAAGAGGGGGUUAAGUUAUGUUUUUUAAUAUCUUGCUUCUUUCCCUGUCUGCUGAAGUAUUUCUAGAAAGUCCUUACUUUUAAGCUUAAAUGGUUGACUUAACUGCAUUG